CGAUAUUUUCAGACCACUAGUUGAAACACAUGUGUCUAUUUUUGAUAGCAUUUUUAUUCAACAAUCUCAGGAAACUUAAAAAUUUAUAUCUUUGAAAGUUCCAUUUAGCUGAGGAACAUACAAUGGAAGUUGAAAAUAUAAAAAACGACGAUUUUUUGCCGCCAUCAGGGUUGAAAAAGGCAACUAAACGGUCUGCAGAUUAUAAUGAAACAAUGCAGGUUGAUGAAGAGUCCCCACUGCAGGAGACAAAACAAAGGAUGCAAACCCCGCGCGCAAAACGCCAAAAAAGUGACGUUAGAAAAAUCUCUGUUCCUCCACACAGAUAUUCAUCAUUAAAGGAGCAUUGGAUGAAGAUUUUUAGUCCUGUUGUAGAACAUAUGAAACUUCAAAUACGUUUUAAUAUGAAGGCGAAACAAGUUGAACUUCGAAUUAGCCCUGAAACUCCAGAUAUAUCAAACCUACAAAAAGGUGCCGACUUUGUCAAAGCAUUUCUCUGUGGUUUCGAAGUGGAUGACGCUUUGGCACUGCUGCGUUUAGAAGAUUUAUUCGUAGAAACAUUUGAAGUGAAAGAUGUGAAGACCCUGCGUGGCCACCACCUAAGUCGGGCUAUAGGUCGAUUGGCUGGUAAAGGAGGACGAUGA